ACUCCCCAGGGGAGCCCGUGACCUCCACCUCCCAUUACGGAGACAUGUGACCCCCCCUCAGAGCUGAAGGUUUGCACUGCAGAUGGCUCACACCAGGGGCCGCCACAACGGGAUGGUUUUUUUAAACCAAUAUGUAGAAGAACUGAUGAGAGGGCAGGCCAUCCUAGACUGGGUAUUGUGUAAUGAAAAAGGAUUAGUUAGCGAUCUAGUUAUGCAGAGCUCCUUGGGCAACAGAAACCAUAAUAUGAUGGAAUUGUGCACUAGGAUGGAGAGUUACCCGGUUAAUUCAGAGACUAUGGUCCUAAACUUAAAGAAAGGAGACUUUGAAGGUAUGAGACAGGAAUUAGCUAGGAUAGACUAGCAAAUUAUACUUAAAGGGUUGACGGUGGAGAUGCAAAGGCAAAGAUUUAAAGACCCGCGUGGAUGAACUCCAAAAAUUGUUCAUACCUGUCUGGCGAAAAUAUAAAACGGGGAAGUCGGCUCAACCGUGGCUAAUGAGGGAAAAUCAGGGAUAGUGUUAAAUGCAAGGAAGAGGCAAAUAAAUUGGCCAGAGGAAGCAGCAAACCGGAGGACUGGGAGAAAUUUAGAACUCAACAGAGGAGGACAAAGGGGUUAAUUAAGAGGGAGAAAAAAGGGCAUGAAAGAAAGCUUGCAGGGAAUAUGAAACCUGACUGUAAAAGCUUCUUUAGAUUUGUAAAAAGGAAAAGAUUAGUGAAGACAAAUGUAGGUCCCUAUGGUCAGAGACGAGUGAAUUUAUAACGGGAAACAAAGAAAUGUCAAAACAGUUAAACAAGAGCUUUGGUUCUGUCUUCACGUAGGAAGACACAAACAAUCUCCCAGAAAUACUAGGGGACCGAGGAUCUAGUGUGAAAGAGGAACUGAAGGGAAUCCACAUUAGUCAGGAAAUGGUGUUAGGUAAACUGUUGGGAAUGAAGGCAGAUAAAUCCCCAGGGCCUGAUGGUCUACAUCCCAGAGUGCUCAAGAAGGUGGUCUUAGAAAUCGUUGAUGCAUUGGUGAUCAUUUUCCAAUGUUCUCUUGACUCUGGAUCAGUUCCUGUGAACUGGAAGGUAGCCAAUGUAACUCCACCUUUUAAUAAAGGAGAGAGAGAGAAAACCUUACCAUACAAUCGGGGAGAGAGUUUAUGUUAGUCUCUACUCUAUAUCAACUUGUCAUACUGUUUGCUUACACACAGGCUUUCCAAGACGGAUUGCUAGCUUACUAACCAAAAGGCAACGAGCACAUAUUUUCACUGUCAUUAUUCAUCCAGAAAUGUAUCCCUCUCAGGUGCUCAUCUGUUUUGGACAGAAAAAGAAAUCAGGAUCAUCCCUCUACAUUUAUCAUGUUGAGAAUUUGAAAGAGUGUAGUGACAAUGCAAUAGUGAAACCAAUUCAAAAUAAGACCAAAAUAAUCAACUGUGGUGAUUUCAAACAUGAGAUAGCCAUCGAAAGCCAUAGCAUCAUAGACUCAUACAGGAUUCAAACAGGCCCUUCAGCCUAACUUUUGCCCAUGCCAACCAAGAAACCGCAUCUACAUUAGUCCCACCUGCCCGCAUUUGGCCCCUAUCUCUCUAAACCUUUCUUAUCCACGUACAUGUCUGUUAAAUGGUGUUAUAGUACCUGCCCCAACUAUUCACUCUGGCCCUUCUUUGAAAUUAGAGCACAUAGUGUUGGGGGUAGUGUAUUGACAUGGAUAGAGAACUGGUUGGAGACAGGAAGCAAAGAGUAGGAACUAACGGGUCCUUUCCAGAAUGGCAGGCAGUGACUAAUAGUGUGCCACAAGGCUCGGUGCUGGGACCCCAGUUAUUUACGAUAUAUAUUAAUGAUUUAGACAAGGAAAUUAAAUGUGACAUCUCCAAGUUUGCGGAUGACACAAAGCUGGGAGGCAGUGUAAGCUGCGAUGCGGAUGCUAUGAGGCUGCAGGGUGACUUGGAUAGGUUGGGUGAGUAGGCAGAAGCAUGGCCGAUGCAGUGUAAUGUGGAUAUAUGUGAGGUUAUCCACUUUGGUGGCAAGAACAAGAAGGCAGAUUAUUAUCUAAAUGGUGUCAGAUUAGGAAAAGGGGAGGUGCAACGAGACAUGGGUGUGCUUGUACAUCAGUCACUGAAAGUAAGCAUGCAGGUACAACAGGCAGUGAAGAAAACGUAUGGCAUGUUGGCCUUCAUUGCGUGAGGAUUUGAGCUUAGGAGCAACAAGGAGGUCCUACUGCAGUUGCACAGGGCCCUGGUGAGACCGCACCUGAAGUACUGUGAGCAAAUGUUGGUCUCCUAAUUUGAGGAAGGACAUGAUUGCUAUUGAGGGAGUGCAGUGUAAGUUUAGCAGGUUAAUUCCUGGGAUGGCGGGAUUGACAUGUGAUGAAAUAAUGGGUCGACUGGGCUUGUACUCACUGGAAUUUAGAAGGAUGAGAUGGAAUUUUAUAGAAACGUGUAACAUUCUUAAAGAAUUGGACAGGCUAGAUCCAGGAAAAAUGGUCCCGAUGUUGGGGGAGUCCAGAACCAGGGGUCACGGUUUUAGAAUAAGGGAUAGGCCAUAUGGACUGAGAUGACGAAAAUAUUUUUCACCCAGAGAGUUGUGAAUCUGUGGGAUUCUCUGCCACAGAAGGCAGUGGAGGCCAAUUCACUGGAUGUUUUCAAGAGGAAGUUAGAUUUAGGUCUUGGGACUAAAGUAAUCAAGAGAUAUGGGGAAAAAGCAGGAACGGGGUACUGAUUUUAGAUGAUUUUAGAUGAUCAACCAUGAUCAUAUUGAAUGGCGGUGCUGGCUCGAGGGGCCGAAUGGCCUACUCCUGCACCUAUUUUUCCAUGUUUCUAUGAUGUGCUACAAAGAUCAUGUUUGCAUGACUGAUCUGCUGGAGGCAUCUGCACUGUUCCCAUAUGAGGAGUUAUGAAGAUGUUACUGUCCCUUUAAAAGAACUGCUUUGAUUACAGUCUCGAUUUGGAGGAUUCUAACAGUGAGACUGCCUUCUAAGUAUCUAUUUUUUCUUAUCAAAUUUGCUCACUGGUGCUUUACCUCAUUUAGUUGUGAAAUCUAUUUCAUGGCAGAGAGGAUAAUCACAAGGAUUGCGGUGUCCUAUUUAACAAAUGCAAGGACAUGAAAUGUACGUCAGCUGAGCACCAGUGCCCCUGCAGUCUGCUGGAGAAGGUUAUGGGGGGUUACAGUUCCAUGCCCGGGUGCCGAGUCUUCACUGUGUGGGAUGCUCAGACACUGUCACAUGCAAUCAUUUUCCUUGCUGUUGCUUAAAGAGAGUGUCACUGCUGCUGCUUGUGCAGAGCUAAGUAUAAACUCGUGUCGUUUGGAGCUUUGCAUCGGAAAUGUUUCCAUUGCCAACGUGACUGUGAAAUCAAUUGAUGUGGGAAGCAUAACCGUUAUUCAGGACUUUAAAUAUUUUACCCUGUAUUUUUAUUUGGUGAGAGACCACAGCUGGACUCGGUGCUUUUUCAGCAAUACAUCGAGUGAUGGAUCGCAGUCGCCUGCUCUCCGUACCAGGUAACGUUGAAGCAUCACAGAUGCAUCAAUUCUCUGAGCAAAGUGAAACCACAGCAGGCUGUGCUGAGAGACCCACAGUUACUGCAGAAACCUCCAUCACUGCAUGUAAAAAGGUCCUCUGCAGCAACAGUUUAUUGGACUCUGCGGAAUAUUGGCUGCGCAAUGAGAAGAGGCUCUGCCAGAUUGGAUUCCUGGAGGAUAAGGAAAGAACCAGCUGUCCCACGAUCUGUUUUGUGAACCUCGAUGGGGUGGAUGCAAACUUCAAUAGAAAGGAACUGCAACAGAAAUUGGAUACUGUGUCACCUGACCUCCCGCACCUCAUCAAUUCUUUAAACGUUUGCCAGAUGAAAGACAAUGAACUUAUCCUCGUGAGUGGAUUAAUUGCUCCAGGAAGUUGUCAGGACAAUGCAGAUGAUUCCCAGGAUCAAAAGGAUGAAUCCGUCAAAGAUUCAGAAGAUGAGUGCCUCCCACCUCCCGCGCAGUUGCCCAAACCCCCGGAUGUCUGUUUGGUUCAGUCAGGAAGAAGGUGCAGAAAGAAUGACAUGGCCUGUCUUAUUUAUGAAAUCAACAAAUGCAUGAUUGGCCUGGAUUAUUUCAAAGGAAAGAAAAAAACCCUUGUCAGCACUGCCAACUGGAAGGCAGAGGAGGAGACUAAUUACUCAGGUUCAUCCGUUGAGGAGGACUUUCUCACUGCUUCUGAACAACUCAAUGAUGAGCAAGAUGAAUCUAGCAAUGAACUAAAAGAUUCUCCAAAGAUUGGUGGGUUUGAUCCAUUACAAGGCACAAAAAGGCCAAAAGUAAAAUCUAAGGUGCUCCUGCAAAUGCGACAAAACAAAGAUAUUUUAUUUUGCCAAAGGUCAUGCAAUCUCCAAGAUACUUUAGUACACACAUGUGCAGAUGAGGAGAGCUCUGGAAGUGCCUCGUUGCUUUGCUGUGAUGCGAACUAUGUGGCUGAAGAAGCAGAUGGAGAAAGACUUCAAUUUGAAAGAAAUACACAGGAAGAAAGACUUGUCUUACAAUCUCCUCACAGCGGCCAUUUAACAAACUCUGCUCCAGAGUCUUGCACAAUUGAAAGUAUCAGUACGCAUCUUCAGACAGAUUCUCCAGCACCACCAUUAGAUGCACAGAACCUAGAAGAUAAACCUCCAUCUCUGAAAGAGAAUCACUGCAUGGAGGGUAAUUAUGCUUCAAACUUAGCGGAGUCUGUUUUACAGGAUGCCUUCAUUAGACUGUCACAGUCAGAGCCCACUUUUACUACAGAAGCUGCAGUCAGCAUCUCUGCAGAAAGCAUUGAUGACCAAUCACCCAGCAAUUCAACAGAAUGUAUAACAAAUCCUCCUUGUUCAUGGAAUGUACUUCCCAAAAUUGUUAUUGUACAAAGUCCAGAUAAUUGUGAGAAUGCUUCAGAAUGGCAAGAACCUUGCAGCCCUACAAUAACUUCCUGCUCAGACUCUGAUCUGUUAAGUGGUACUCCAGUUGAUGUACAGGAGCACAUUGUUAGCCAGAAUAAUUCAGAGUCAGCUGGUUUGCCUCCUAGUUCUAUUGAGGUAGCUCUAGUUUGUGCAGCAAAUGUCAUAGGGACUGUUUCAAGCCCUUAUAUCACUGAGGGUCUACAGCUGGACCGAACCUCAUAUGAUGUAACUGAGCAUUUGCCUUGCAAUGGAAACAAUGGGGAUGGAGCUUCACUCAGUGGUUCUGAAUGCGGAGAGAUGAGCUUCUCGUUCUCUUCAGCUCUCUAUGGUGUAACCCAGGUGGCCAGUGUCAUAGGAGUUGCAGGGUUAAGUGACGAGCCAGACAUGGGUUUUUCUGCUGCUUCGAGCGGCCUACUGUCUGCAGCGGAAACUUCUGCUGCAGUCACCCUCCAAUGCAGUGUGAGUGUUGGCAGCAGCCUAGAGACAUUUGCCCAUAACAUUGCUGAGGUGUUGUUCAAAGAAGCAGCCACCGUUCUUACAAAGCCUGACAAUUGCAGAAGUGUCGGUGGAUUUAUGGAAUCUGUGGACCAAAAGAUCAUUGAAACCGUGACAAGACCCAAAGUCUCUCAUUGGGAGGAAUUGUUAAAGGAUGACUUUGCCUUGAAUAUGUCGAAUUUAAUUCUAAAACAUUCUUUUGAAGAAGCAAAUAGCAAAGUGCAAACAGCACAUCAAGAAAAGGAAAAUAAUUUGGGUGUAAAUCCAACCAAUAUAUUAAUUGAAAGUGUGAAUAAGUCUCUCUUCAGUAUAUUAUAUUUCACUUGCAGGAAAAUCAAAGAAAUUGUCGGGCACAAUGAUGUUUCUACACUCUUUCAAGAUGAUACGAUGAUAAACAGUAAGGAUUCAGAAACCAACAGCAAAGAGGAUGGAGAUUCAAUUUACUAUAAUGUCAGUGAUAGUGUUGAAAAUGUUGGUCAUACAUCUGCUCCUCACGGGAACCUGGCAGAUCCAACAAUCCCGAUUGAGAAAACAUGUGUGGGGCCAGAUUUGUCACAGCAGGUUAACCUGAACCCAACCCGGCUUGGCGGCAGACGAGGCAGUGACUGUGGAAACAUUUCACCCACUUUGACCAAUGCACUGAGAUCAAGGAAUACUGCAGCUACUGGGACUAAUGUUGUUGGCCCACAACAUCAACAGAAAAUAUGUGACAAAGACACUCAUUCAUCCUCUAUUGAUGCUAUUGAGGUGGGUAGCAGACAGGGUGGUGCAGUUCAAGGUCGUACAUGUAAUUAUGCAAGCACACUUACAGACAUGAGAGGCCAAAGUUACCCUGAUAAAGACCAGAACAUCCUUAUCACAAAUGCACAAAGUACAUUGAGUCCAUCUAAAUCUUCGUUCCAAGUUGAAAAGUCAACAGCUAACGACCUUUCAAUAAAUGGUUUUGCUGACCAUGUAUCCAAAACGGUUGUUUCCAUGGCAACAGAAAUGGCAGCCAUUUGCCUUGAAAACACAAAUGCCAAACAGCCGUGGUUCUGUCCAUGGAAAUCAAGGUUUGGUGACCAUGAGCAUUUCAUGGUCCCACAGUCAUCCCCAGCAAGAUCUCUCACCAGGAGUAAAGACUCUCAGCCGACAACAGCCAAGAGACUUAAGCCACCAAGACUGAGUGAAAUCAAGAGGAAGACACAAGAGCAACCUGAGCUAAAAGAAAAGCUAAUGAACAGAGUGGUUGAUGAGUCAUUAAACCUUGAUGAUGCCUUGGACCAAAUUAAUAACUUUGCCCAGGAGGUAACAGCUAAAAUAGUGAACUCGGCUGAACUAACGGUGAUGGACACUGUGAGGCAGGGGCAGGGGCAGGCGAGAAACAGGCUACUGGGCAGGGAAAAAAAGACAUCCAGUUACGAAAGCAUUCCCGAAGAGGACACGGAUUCCAACAGCUCGUGGGCUGCCGUUGGUGCCAUGACUAAGUUUGGGCAGCCAGUGAGCAGGGGCAGUUCCAUCUCUAAACAAUCGAGCUGUGAAAGCAUCACAGAUGAGUUUUCCAACUUCAUGAUGAAUCAGAUGGAAAAUGAAGGCUGGGGAUUUGACUUGUUGCUGGAUUACUAUGCCAGCAAGCAUGCCAGCAACAUUUUAAAUGCAGCUCUGCAGCAGGCGUGCAGAAAGAAUGGCCACCUUAGUGUAAGUGCAACGUGUCUGUCGAAACAAUCGAGUACAGAGAGCAUUACGGAGGAGUUUUACAGGUACAUGCUCCACGAAUUGGACAAAGAAAGCAAAGAGGGGAAAGCCAACAAAGAGCUCCACAACAUGCUGGUUCCCCCUGCUGGGAGAACAACUUUAAGCUUUAGGCAGUCUUCAAUGCCAGACAGACGAGCAUCUGAGGGACGAUUAACAGUAACUCCCCAUGUGAAAGCAAACUCUUUCGAUGGCUUUGCCCGGAAGGAUCGCAGAAACACGCUGCACGUACAUCCAGGUGAUGCAGCAAUGUCCACUAACCUGUACAAAUCCUUAACAGACUCUUGUUUAUAUCAGAGGAGUAAAACCGACCACAUCACUGACAUGCUGAUAAAUGAAACUUGGUCAAAUUCCAUUGAAGCUCUCAUGAGGAAAAAUAAAAUCAUUGGCGAUGAUGCUGACAAUCAGUGUGGUGAACCGUUGUCCAAGCAACAGGCCGAAACUUGUCCCACCUGGGUAGUUACAGACACUAUCAAAUGUGGGAAGUCAGGCAGCAGCUGUCAACAAGGUUCUUCUGAAACUGCACCCCAUAACUCCAGAACUGAAAGCAAACUGUGUGAGACAGACGUUGGCCAGAGAGUGGAGAAAGCAAAAUUAGUGACUGACAAGAAAGGCUUCAGUUCGCACGAUCGGGCGGCCAUGAAGAGAAAGAAAAUGUCCCACUGCCCAAGGGAAGUCCCUUUAAUUCAUAUAGAGGACGACCAAAAGGAAGAGAUCAAGCAAUGCCGGCAGGGAAAGGCUGCCUGCAGCAUGAAGAGGCCGAUGGAAAGGAAGUUUCCUGAAGUCGAUUCUGAAGGGCAAAGUGAAUCUGCCUCUUUAAUAUCCAGUUUCGCGAAGAAUCUGGUGGCGAUAGAGAAGGCCACAGCUGAAGAAAAUCCCUGCAGUUUAAGCACCAGUGAUGACAGCCUGGGGAGCUGGUCACAGCUUAUCAAUGAAGAUGACCAUGCAGAAGACAGUAGUAGCUAUCUGCAUCUUAGUGGAAGCAAUGGGAACAGCAGCACUUCAAGUAGUCUUGGCCUCGUGGAUCUAGAUGCCUAUCAGGAGAACCUUUCGAUACGUACUAUACCCAGUGAAAUCAUCAGUGAAAAGGAGACAUUGAAAGAAAAGCAAGAGAGUUUGGAUGAAAAUACAUCGCAGAUGGCAAUUGGCACAAUGAACUGCAACAUGGAUUUUCUUGUGUUGAACUUUGAUCUGAGCCCUGACUGUGUUGAUGCUGAAUUGAGAGCAAUGUUGCAGUGGGUAGCAGCUUCUGAACUAGGAUUUCCAGUGAUUUACUUCAAAAAAUCUCAAGAAAAGAGGAUUCAAAAGUUUUUAGAUGUUAUCCACUUUGCUAACCAGAGAGCCUGGAAGCUCAAAGAUCUGUUUCUUGCAAUCAUGCAGUUCUGUGAAUUACAAGAAGAGGAAGGAAAGCUUCAAACAAGCAGUCUGUUUGACUGGCUCCUUGAAUUGGGCUAAAUAUUAAUAUGCAUUUCUUGUUUGUGUAGAUAAAAAGGUAUAAUAGUCAUAUUGAGACUUUGACUCUGGAGUUGAUUUGUAUGAAUAUUUACAAGCCAGGUUGUGUUUUUCUUGAAAUCACUCAUUAUCUGCACAUGGGUCACACCAAGUGGUACUGUAUACUACAUGUGAAAACCAGCAGUUGUAUUUAUGUCAAAGAGCAAUUUGUCAUUCAUACCCAAGAUAUGUGGUUUCUGCCACAUAUUAAUUGCAGAGUUGAAGCAACUAUUUAUUAUUAAAUGUGGAUAAAUGUUAUUUCAUCACCAAAACAGCCCCACUAUUACAUUGGGCACACCGUGUACUCAUUUUGCAAUGUAAGUGUAUAAGAGCUGUCACAGAUGCAAACAAGCCACACUCAAAGCUGAAUACAUUGUUAUCUUUUAUCUGAUUUGUACUGUAUACGUGAAGACGAUGACAUACGCAAGCCAUAUGGUAUCAGACGAAGCCUGUACUGUUUAUGUAAAUUUGUGUGGCUUGACUUUAGUGCAGAUUUGGAUAGACUUGAAAGAAAAUAUUUUUACAAUCAUCUUAUUAAAACUGUAUUUUAGGUGUACAGCGCGCUUGUAUAUCUGAACAACCAACCUUUCAGUUAGUGAAGAGUUCCAGACAGCUGACUGCAAAGAUGAUUUUAAUGUAUUGAUGCUGUUUACUCUGUUGAAAUAGUCACAUAACAUUAGAUCAAAUUUUAGAAUGUAAUACCAGGGAAUGCUGCAUAUCCAAACCAAAACCCUUGUCUAAAUAAUGCCAGUCUGCUAGCACUAAAGGGGCCAUGCUGUUUGGCAACAUACAAAAAAAGAGAAUUGUGAAAAGAGUUGGAAACUGCACAUCGUGUUGAAUGUAAUGCAGUUAUAAUAAUUAUCCCAAUUUAGGGAUAAAACAAUUCUGCCACUUUUCUACAGCAGCCUAAUACAAUAAAUGAAAGGAAAAUAACAACAGUUUUUAGUGGUACAAUUGAAAGGUAAAAUAAUUGUCUUGAGCAGUUUCUUUUGGUCCAAUUGUUUAUUUUCAAAUCAAUACUGUUCCUCAGAAAUAUCAAGUUUUAAAAAGCACAAUCAAAAGGGGAACCUUGGCAAAAAGUCACUAUUAAGGAUGACAACUGUUAUACUUCAUUCAAAAAAUAAACUUGCCAUCGAAAAAUGUUUGAAUUUGUACGAAACAUGUGGGUUUAUUUGUAAUACUGCAGAUUGCAGUUACCAUGCUAGAUUUAGUCAAAUUACAUUUUUCUUAACAUUUAUUACAGUUCCCUCUCAAAACAAUGAAAUAGAUUGGAAAAUGUGCACAUGAAAAUCACACUGAAUUCUUGAUGGGAUUUUGUGCAUUACCGCACAAACCAGCAUGGUGUGUAGGAAAGCACUGCUAGUUUAAAUCCAAAGUAGAUACAAAAUGCUGGAGUAACUCAGCAGAACAGUCAGCAUCUCUGGAGAGAAGGAAUUGGUGACGUUUCAGCCAAGACCCUUUCUUCAGACUCUAGAAGGGUCUCGACCUAAAACGUCACCCAUUCCUUCUCUCCAGAGAUGCUGCCUGUCCCACUGAGUUAAACCAGCAUGGUAAUACUUUCUGCAUUACUAUGAACUUUGUAUGAAUUCCAAUGUAUUUAUGUUAUUUUAUGACAAUAAACUCAUAGUGAAUGGAUGUCACAAUAAAUAUUGAUUAAAAGUGUGAGGACUGGAUUUGUCCCGCUUAAUUCCAGACCCCUUCCUACUUUCUGCCUCUACCAACGAUGCUGUUUGGAAAACACUUUCAUUUUGUUAACCUUGUUAGAAAGAAGGCAGGCAUUAAAGACUUCAUUAUGAA